AUGAAACUCAUUUAUAUCAUCACUGGCAUUCUUGCCACCGUUGCACUGACCACUGCAAAGAAUACCUUCCGUCCAUGGAAGGCAGGGAUUGGUCCCAGCCUUGACCCCCCGAACUUCGAUCAUCCUCUUCCAAUCCCGGAAGGUGGUCUCAGAGGAGGAUUGGGCUCUGGAUUCGAGUCCGUCGAGGCCAAGAAGGAGAAGGAGGCGUUCUUGAGGGAGGAUGCUGAGAUUAUGAGGGCCAGGAGGUUGGACAUGAGGUUGCAGAGAGCCAAGGCAGGAAUUUCAGAGUAA